AUGCCCGGGGAGGUGCGUGAGCGCGUACACGCGGCCUGCGAGAACGGCGUCUCACAGAGGCGCCUGCAUGCGGAGAGUGCGUGGGCGGCGGGGCCUCUGAAUGUGCCACCCAACGGCAAGUACGGGGCAAUGUCGGAGGUCUCCGCGCCGAGGCAAGGGUCAAUGGAGACAGAGAUGGUGGCCUUUAAGGACACGCGUGAGGACGGCGAUGUGGUGAUGGUGCAGAGAUCCUCGUCGGUGAAUGCCACAAAGGGCUGGAGGACGAAGCACUCGCUCCACUUUCGCGGCAGCAAGUGGUCGUCGGUGCUGAAGAAGCACCGUGCCGCGCUGGAGGCGGCCGUCGUCGAGGACAUCGUCGACGCGAGUGGGCUGGACAUGAAGCGGAUUGAGAACAUAACCUUCGCCGUUUUGGACACGCUUGUUGUGACCUUCAUGGUGCGUCCCCAGGACCACCUGGACACAAUCGGGGGCGUUCACGUUGCCCUGCAGACGUACAACUUCCCCCGCACCAGUGCGCUCUACCGGGAGCACCGCUUCUUGUCGAAGUGA